UUUCACACACAUACACACCAAUGUCGGCUGGCAAGCUUCCCCAACUCAUCGGCUACGGCAUUGACGCAGUUGCGCGCGUCCUCCCCUGCGAGGCGUUCGUCAACUCGUAUCUGCAGACUCUCACUGUCGGCAAGCUCACCGUCAUCUCCCCUUCUGGCGCGACCACGGUCUAUGGCGAUGCCAACGAGAAGGUCUUCAAGGCAACCCUCACCAUCAAGAACGCCAACUUUUACAAGCGCUCGGCACUCAAGGAAUCGAUCGGCCUCGGCGAGUCGUUCAUGGACGGCGACUGGGAGUGCGACGACCUCGUCUCGUUCUUUUGCAUUGUCGUCGAGAACAUCAAGGCCGGCAAAAAGUACAACAACAGCCUGGUUGGCCGCGGUAUCAACACUGCCGUUGCCUCUGCCACCGGCUGGCUGCGAUGGCUGAUGACCAACAGCCCUUCGCUCUCCCUUGCGAACGUCCAAGCACACUACGACCUCGGCAACGACUUUUACCAACUGUGGCUUGACAAGGACUUUAUGGCUUACACUUGCGCCCUCUACCUCACCCCCAAGGACACCCUGGAGAAGGCACAGGCAAACAAAAUCCACCUCAUUAUCAAAAAGCUCCAGCUCAAGCAGACCGACCGCUUGCUCGACCUCGGUUGCGGCUGGGGCGGCCUCGCCCUGGAGGCUGCUCGCAAGGUCGGCUGCCGCGUCCUGGCUGUCAACCUCUCCAAGGAGCAGAUUGAGUUUGCUCGCAAGCAGGCUGCCAAGGAGGGCUUGUCCCACCUCUGCGAGUUCCGUCACGCCGACUACCGCACCAUCAACCCGGAGGCGGACGGUUUGUUUGACAAGAUCAGCUCGGUCGGCAUGCUCGAGCACGUCGGUCACUACGACUUGCCCACCUUCUUUGCCACCUGCAACCGCGCGCUCAAGCCGAACGGCAUCCUCGUGACCCACUGCAUCACCUACAUUGACUCGCGCUACGAGCAGUACCUCAAGGAGACUGACUUUACCAAGAUUUACAUCUUCCCUGGCUCGGACAUUCCCUCGCUCACCGCUCUCAUCAACGCCGCCACUGCCUCUGCCUGGACUGCCGAGCACGUCGAAAACCUUGGCUUCAACUACGGCUUGACCUGCCGCGAGUGGCGUCGCCGCUACAAUGCCAAGAUCCAGGAGGUCGAGGCCAUGGGCUACCCCAAGUCCUUCCAGCGCAUGUUUGACUUUUACCUUGCAUGGGCCGAGGCUGCGUUUGUCAGCAAAAAUUUGCACUUGCACCAGGUGAUCUGGAAGCGCCCGGCGUCGGAUUCUGGCUACCCUGUUGCCACAAACUUUGUGCCCCUUCACGGCCACCGUGAGUCCAUCGAAUAAGGCAAAUGCGGUCAUUGGUUCUCUAGCACUGUCAUAGACAUUGAUUCUGAUUGCCUGUCGACUGGCGACACGAUUUGUUUGUGCGAGUAUUUUGCUAUGAAUGGUUUUGUUUUGCAUAGUCUCUUUUUCUUUGUUUGAAUUUGUUUCGCUUUUUCAGCAUCAGAAUAUACGGUAGUAGUUUUUA